AUGGAUUAAGGUGAUGAAAAUCCAAAAUAUUAGUAACUUUAUGAAUAGAGAAUAAAUUCUUAAAUGAAAAACCUGUCAAACUAAGCUAAUUAGGAAGAAAUAUUCAGAAUAAAUUGGAUAACAUACUCAAUCUGCUAUGCCAAUAUUGUCAUGGUAAUAUAUUAUAUUUUACAAUAUAGAUGGCAAUAAUUAAAUAUGGAUGA